AUGGUGCUUGGGGAUAUUGUUCACGAAUCUCAAAAUGCUUUUGUCAAAGGAAGACAAAUUUUAGAUUCUGUUCUUAUUGCCAAUGAAUGCUUGGAUAGUAGGCUAAAGUCAGGAGUUCCUGGGGUGUUGUGUAAGCUGGAUGUAGAGAAGGCUUAUGAUCAUAUAAAUUGGGACUUUCUCAUUUAUAUCUCUAGAGGUUUAAGACAAGGUGAUCCAUUGUCCCCAUUAUUGUUUGUCAUUGUUACAAAUGCUUUUAGUAAAAUGUUGGAUAAGGCAGUGAGGGAUGGGCUCAUGUUUGGUUUUAGGGUGGAUCCUACAAGGAACUCUUUACAGGUGUCCCAUCUUCUAUUCGUCGAUGAUACCCUGGUCUUUUGUGAUGCUGAUCUUGGUUAG